AUGGCCUUGGACUGGAACAUCCCCAAGGUGGAGGCCAUCGUCAACACUAGCCCAGAGUGGAUCUUUUCACCGCUGGACCCCUUGGAUGAGACGGUGAGACUGGUGGUUCUCAUGACCAUGUGGAGAGUAUGGCAUGUCCAGAAUGAGAUCACACACGAGAAGGCGCCGCCCACUGCCGAAGCCUCUCGACGCUUUUUGCACGGAUACCUCAACUCACUCCUGUGCAUACAACAACAUCCUGAUGGUAACCUAGAGAAAGGGAAGAUGGUUGUCCUGCCUUCACCACCACGCGCUCCAGAAAGUAUGACGCCCAAGCCAGUGGCACAACAAGGCCCAAGGCAGAGGCAGACCGCACGCGCAAUCGGGGCAGCUAGCCAGAGCCACGAUGCACGCGCCGCCGCCCCCGCGUUGAUAGGCUGCCGCCGCCUUGUGCGCCGGCACCGCUACCUGCUGAUCCCGCUCCAUUGUCACGCACCUCUGCCGCUCUCCCGCCCAACCCGCGUCGCGCCGUCCCGCGGCCUGCUCCUGCAAUCCGGCCUCGCACCUGCCCCGGCGGCCCUGUCCCCGCGGCAGUCGCCGCACUGCAGGCUUGUUCCCCUUCUUCGGAUUAUUCUCGUCAGAACCAUGCUACUGGAGAUUUUUGGAUCUGGAUUGAGACAAACACGGAAUAAUGACCGGGUUCUAAGAUUGCUCUUUGGUGACCGAUCUGCUUAUGCAUCCUUUGUCCUGGCAAGCAACAUUGCACUAGAAGGAGUGAAUAACUGGGGCAGGCCAAAUUGGCUCCGCGUCCUCCCUUGUGCCAGUAACUAUUUCUGCACCUCCAUCUAUGCCACCAAAGGUGCCACUUGAUCUGGCGUAGGGCAGGGUGAUGCACGUGGUAAGCCACCCCGCUAGAUGGGUCUGCUUGACAAGAGGGUGCCGGAAGGAAGGGAAGGGUAAUAUGGUCAUUGUGGUGACUGAGGAUGCUGGCCAAGAUCUCAUCGUCCAAAGCAUGAAUUUUGUGGACCUCGCCAUCUAUUCCUCGGUUCAGGCAAGUCUUUGGGGGACGGUGCCGAUUGUGGUUCUGGCCAUUGAAUCGAUGAUGUAGUGUUUGAAUCUGUGACUCUUUGGGAUGGCGCCGGCCAUCAAGCCACUGGCCAUUGAAUCGAUGAUGUAUUGUUUGGUUCUAUGAUGGAGUUCUUCUGUGAAUGAAUGAUUGUGUCUGUGAUCAUACUUACUGUUGAGGAAAUUAGUCUCUUGUAACUC